AUGGUCAUUGAUUCUGACUAUGUUCUUAAAGUUGAAUCAUCAGCCAUUGAUGCAGCUCAUGGCAGCUUCAUCUCUUGUGGCUUCUCUACUGGUUUUGGAGCUGCCUGGAAAGAAGCCAUGGUUGAAGAAGGAUCUAGUGUUGCUGUUUUCGGUCUUGGCCCUGUUGGGUUAGGGGCUGUAAGUGCAGCAAAGUUGAUGGAGGCAACAAUGAUAAUUGGGAUUGACAAAAAUGAGAAGAAGAGAGAAAAAGGAAGAGCUUGCGGACGGACAGGCUUCAUAAAUCCUGACAAGUUAUCAGAUGAACCUCUUUCACAACAAGUCAAAGAAGCAAGUGGUGAAACGGGAGCGGAUUGUUCGAUUGAGUGCCCCAGAGUUCCCCGGUUGCCCAAUGAAGCCAUGGAAUCUACUAGAGUGGAGUUUCAAUGGCAAACAAUUUACCGACAGAAUUAG